UGGCAGCAGAGAGCAAGUGAAAUCCAAGGGCAGCGACAGGCCUGGGCAGAAACAGCUCCUGCGCGCGAUUCACAGGAGCCUUCCCGCCCCGGGUCCGACUCCCGCCCUCCAGCAUCUCCAUCUCCACAGCCCCAGCGGCCGUGACAGGGACAAACAGCAACUUGGACAGGAGGACAGAUACUUGGGCACAGCGCAGAGGGCCAGUUGCUGCCGCUCGCGGGUUGCUGAGCCUGGUGGGCCGAGAUGUCAGGGCGCGCUGCCCUACGCGGGGCCGGGGGCGCCCUGGGCGCCUGGCUGCUGGGCGGCCUGUGGGUCUGGGUCCUGGGCGGCCUGGGCGGCCCCGGGGCGGGGGCGCUGCGGGCGGAUCCCUGGGGGUCUCCGGGGACGCCGCGGCCUUGCCAGGCGCCGCAGCAGUGGGAAGGGCGCCAGGUGCUGUACCGGCAGAGCAGCGGGCGCAACAGCCGCGCCCUGCUCUCCUACGACGGCCUCCAGCAGCGCGUGCGGGUGCUGGACGAGAGGAAGGCGCUCAUCCCCUGCAAGAGAUUAUUUGAAUAUAUUUUGCUCUAUAAAGAUGGAGUGAUGUUUCAGAUUGAACAAGCCACCAAGGAAUGCUCCAAGAUGACCCUGGCAGACCCCUGGGACCCUCUUGACAUUCCUCAGAAUGCCACCUUUGAGGACCAGUACUCCAUAGGGGGGCCCCAGGAGCAGAUCACCGUUCAGGAGUGGUCCGACAGAAAGUCAGCCAGAUCAUAUGAAACUUGGAUUGGCAUUUAUACGCUCAAGGAUUGUUACCCGGUCCAGGAAACCUUCACCCAGAAUUACAGUGUGAUAUUGUCCACGCGGUUUUUCGACAUACAGCUGGGUAUCAAAGACCCUUCAGUGUUUACCCCCCCAAGCACGUGCCAGACGGCCCGGCUGGAGAGGAUGAGCGAGGACUGUUCCUGGUAAGCCUGUGAACGCAGGAGUCACAGCCUCAGACACUGGCGGCCUUAGCGCAAAACCUAUUGGAGCUUGAGGGAUAAGACGCUUUCUUGGAGAAAUACAUGGGUGUGGGGUUUUUUUGUUUGUUUGUUUGUACAUAUGAUGUUGGCUAGGAUGGAGACGAUGCGGUGAUAGGAACUGAAGAGAUGAACAUGGGGACUUGGUGUGCCUAUCGGCUCUGUGCUUUCUGCAUGUGCAGGUGUAUAGGAAGUGCAGUGGCGAUCAGUAGGGGCAGUUUGCCUCGGCAGCGAAGAAUGCUUUAUUACUGCCUGAGAAUCACCAGGUUCCUGGCAUGUGGUCAUAAUAAUCAGCAGAACAAUUUUGUUCAGUUUGUUAUUAAUGUUUAAGUUGCCCACAGAUAAUGUCCCCUUUAUUGCCUCCACCAGGGAGGGGAUGGCUCCCUCUUCCCCACCCCAUGCUCCCUAGACUACUGAAAAAAUAACCCCUUAAAGUCCCUUCUGGACUGAAGACUUCAUGGCAUGAAUCCAUUAGUAUAAAUAUUUUGGAAAGAAAUGAAAGGUUAUAAUACAAAGUAAUUAUUCCUCUAAGGAGACAUUUUAAACAAGAGAGUUAAAAAACCCUAAUGUCUACCCCUGGUAAGCAUGAGCCACUUAUGCUUCCUUUUUUCUAUGCAAGAGUAUUGAUACUUGUGCCGAAUUAUCAAAUACUGUCAGGAGACCGACAGAGACAGGUAGUACUCUAAAAAUAGCCUUGAACUGGGAGUCCAGAGACUAUUGUCUCCACAUUCCAGGACUAGAAUUCCCUUGUACUCUGAUUCCUUUGAUGAACAAAAUGCACUAUGCUUUCCCUCACCUUGGCCUUCCUGGGAUACAUUCUCUUUUAUUCUCCCUGACGUCUGCUCAUCCUCAUAAGUCAGCUCACACAGACCUUCAGAGAACUGCCCUCAUGCCUGGAUAGGAUGCACCUUGCAGUGAAAGCAUGCAGUUCACACAGGGCUUCUUUAGGCUGUGUGCUAAUUUCCUGCUUACUGGACUCUGUCACACAGGAGCUUGGCUAGGAGCUCCUACAUAUGGGUACCGUGUUUAUUAGCUUUUAUAUGCUCAGCAGCAAGUGCCUGGUACAUGGUGAAAGCCCUAAAAAUUUGUAGAGUGGAGAAUGACAGCCUCUCUAGUGAUUAGUUUCCUCAUCUGUUAUUGGGGCUGAAUUUGCUGAUCUCCUGGGAGACUCCCAGUAAUAGAAUGUAUUAUUCUAGAUUAUUCUUUUAUUGUGUUGCUUCUGUUCAUCUGUUUAUCUACUACCAGGAGAAAUGUGUGACACCUAUAUUAUGCUGAAACAACCUGUAUUACUCACUGUUUCUAUUACUUCAAUAAACGAAUUUAAUUGCA